GUUGUUAAAUAUAUGUGAACGUUUUGACUAGUGGAAAAGUGAUUUGAAUGUAUUCGCACCCUUUUCAUGGUUUACAACAUCAAAUGAACGAAAAUUGAUAACUUUAUUUCACGAUUUUAAGAGAUAAAUGGCAACCAGAAGAUCUAGAAUUCAGAUUAAACCAAAUAUUGGUGGCAAAACCUCUUCUGGUUUAAAACGUGGACAGGCUAAUGAAGAGAAGGGAACCAGUGUUCAAAUAAGUGCUGAGCUUGCAGCAGGAGCUGCAACAGCUGUUGGUUUAAAAAAAAGUAUCAGUCCAACAAAAGACCUAGAAAGGUUAACAGAAGUUCCUCGAAGUUCAACAGGCAAAGUUGGUAUAGUGGUAUCAUCUCCAAGUAGAAAGGGAGAUAACAAAGGAAACACAAAUCAAGAGGAUAACAAAAACUCUGCACAAAGAACAACUUCUGGUGUGACAAAAGCAGCCUUUACAAGACUGAAAACUCUAGGAUUGAAUGUAGGAUCACGUGAUAUUGUACACAGGCGUGAAUCUAAAGAGGAUGCAAAUGACAGCUCAGCUGAAAGUACAGAUGUUAGGCCAAAGAUAGUUGUAAACAGUCCUUCAACCAAUCAAGUCAUAAAUAUUUCUGAGCAAAAUAAGGAUAAAAGUGCAAGUAUUAAAAGUUCACAAAGCUCUGUACUAAGUAAACCUGGUACUUUUACAAAGAACAGUAAUGUCCCUAGACCUAAAACACAAUUACCAUGUUCUAGUCCUCCUGUACAGAACAUAAAUCACAAUAAAAGUUUGAUCCUUUCCUCACACAUAGAAACAUCAGUUCAAGAUAAAAUUGUUGAGAAAAAGAUAGUUGAUCCUCAGGAGCCAGAGAAAAAUAUAGAAAAUGUUAACAACCAUAUCCAAGAUGGUUUAGAAUCUAGUCCAAAACCUUCAGUCAUACAACGCCUGCCUUUUAGAUCAAGAUUUCCUAAAGCAAAACCAAACAUUGAAGCUCUCAAACUUAGAAAUAAAAAUAUAAAUCUGUCUGGAAGUAAAGAAGAUAUCUCAACUAGACCCUCAUCACCACUUAAAUCACCAAGACUGGGAAAAGGUAUGCCUCAGAUUAAGUUUAUAAAUCACCAUGCUCAGAAACCAGUCAGUCCUGUUGAAGUAGACAGAUCUCAGGAUACCAGUCCAGAAACCAGUGUUCAUUCAGAUGGAGCUACAGAGGCUAGGAAAAGACAUUAUAGUAACAGUUCUAUCAGUACUGUACACAGUGACCAACAGGGAUCAUUGAAGAAUAACAAACAGAAGAAUGGAUAUACUGAUGAGGAUGCACCAAUAAAUAAAAAUACUAUGACUAUGGGAGAUCUGAUAUACUGGAAUCCUGCCAAAAAUCCUAUGGCAACCAUUAUUGAAACACCAAAGAAGAAAGCAAAAGUAAUAAUAGAGAAAGAAAAUGUCAAUAUUGAAGAAGAAGAAACUCAAGAAUUACAAGAAACUGAUGUCACAGAUAGUAAAGACCCUGAUAUGCCUGUACCUCAAGUGAAGAUAGGACCUGAUGGCAGCAUUAUAAUAAAUGAAGAAAGUUUAAUUAUAAAGAAAAAAGAUGAAUCACCUGUGUCUGAAGUGAUUGAAGAAACUGGGAGUACAGCUACAUAUCGUAGCUUCAGAAAACCGCUCAGCAGAAUUGCCUGGUCUGAAUGGGAGACAGAGAAGUUUUAUAGAGCAUUGAGUUAUAUAGGGACAGAUUUCUCAUUGAUGGUCAAACUUUUCAAAAGAAGAACAAGAUAUGACAUCAAGACCAAGUUUAAAAGAGAAGAUAAGCUAAACAGAAACAAAGUGGAAAUGGCUCUCAAGAACAAAAAACCAUUCGAUAUGUCAUUCUUUGUAAAAGAAGAAAAACUUGAGGCGAUAGAAACAGAAAGGAAGAAGAAAGAAGAUGAAGAAAAAUUGAAGAAAACUAAAGAAAUGAGACAGGAGAAGAAGAGAGAGAAAAAUGCACAGAAAGAGAAACAUAAAGAGAAAGAAGAAAAACAAGCAACAAGGAAAAGUACAAGACCAAGAAAAAAUGUUUUCUAUGAUGACGAUGAUGCUACAGAGGGGGAUGUGUCAGAAAUAGAAUCAACACCACCCACACCUGUAAAGACACCUAUACGAAUUCCAUUCAAGCGAUAUGAAAAUGCUCCCUUUGUUCCACCAUUUUGUUUAUCACAAGAUGAAGAUGAUGACAGUGACAUCAUGGAACUACAGGUCAAUAUGAGCGAUUCAGAAAUCUUGUCACCACAGAAACAAACAAGGUCAGAGGCCAGUUCUCAAAUGGAGAGAUCUGUUGGUAUUAAUCCUGCUACAUUUGCUUCCAAAAUCAACUCUGAGAUGGAGGGAUCGAUAGCUAUUAAUCCUGCUGAAUUCCCACCAAAUGCCAAUGUGCAGAUUACCCAUGAUGCAAAUAAUUCACCUUUGGUUCUUGUUUAUCACACACCUGAGGAUGGCAAAGGAGAGACUGUAAUUCAUGUGUACCAACUUCAGAAUCAACCAAUCGGAAAUUUACAAAUUCCAUUAGAGGGAGCAUCAAAUAUUGUAGAAUUGCCAAGCAAUCUGCAGUCAACUGCUGGAACUAGCUCAGCCAAUGGCAAGUCAUUUUGUAUUCAGGCACAAACAGAUGAGCCAAUGGAAGAACUAGAGACUGGUGACAAUCUUCCCUUUAUAAUUGCUACAGGGGAAGAUAACCCACAAUCAUUACUUCUACCUCCAGGAAUGAACCGGGAACAACUAUCACAACAUGAACAUGAUGAUUAUAUAAAUGUUAUUGACAUAAAUGCCAGUAAAAUUCCAACACCAGGGAAGAAUUUAGAGGCUACAGAACAGAAUGUUUCAGACAAAUCUAUGUAUCAGGUGGUCACGGUAAAUCAAGACAAUGAUCUUGACAAUGACAAUUCAAGGUCAUCACCAGAUGUUAGUAUUGACAAUGAAUUUGUGACCACUGAUGUUGAUGAGAAAUACAUUGAACAUGAAGACAAAGGAACAAGGAAAGGAAAGAGAUGAUGUUAUAUCUAAAUUAUUAUUACAUUAAGCAUUGAGAUUUUUUAACUGCUAUUACUUUCAAAAAAGUUUGGAAUAUUGAUGAAAGCUUUGGCAUAUAGAAAAAGCAAUGUAUUGAAAAUAAAGCAUUUAUAAAUUUAACACUUAAAAGAAGAAUCUUAAAUCAGGGGCGUAGCUUCCGGAGGCACGGCAGCACGUGCAUCCACGUCGUUUUCACAAAAAAAAAAAAAAAAAAAAAACUGAGAGAGAGAGAGAGAGAGGGAACAUAUAGGAAUUGGUCUUUCUAUGUAUGCAUUUUAAAAACUAAACAAAGAAUAAAAGCAAGAGGAAUACACGUGCAGCGGAAUUUUUAAUCCUGUAAGACAUGUAUGUGUACGAUAAAUACAUACAACUGGUGUAAACUUGGGGGAACUUUUUAUAUUACGGGCAUUGUUUAGAAAAUACCAGCUACAUAGUUGUUGGUACCACAACCAUACCGUAUACUCGCUUUGAGUGUAAAAAAAAACAUAAUCCCUCUAGGGUUAACAAAAAAACUUGAAAAUUAUUAUUUUCCGCUUUGCCCCAAAGCACACUUCUUACUAGAAUGAAGACUCUUAAACUCGUAUCGAUCCGGGAAUAAUGACUGUAACCUUGUGAACUAGUUCAAUAUUGACUAAGAAUGGAGGUCUUGACAACACGAAUAGUUCAUUUUCACAUCACGUCAACGUAUCUUGUCCUGUGUGCAUGUAAUAUUUGCUACCGAACAUUAAUAACCAUUCAAUCAAUCAGUAGUUUCCGUAUACUAGUAGAUGAGAAGUUGGAACUGUUAUUAUAAAAAAAAAGUACACAUUUUCCAGUACAUGUUUUACGUUUUUAUUUAUUUUACAAAAAAAAAUCUUUUAUAUAGAUUCGAUAAUUCGAAGUCGUUUCUAUAUGGGCCGGCUAUACGAAUGGUUGAUUGUAAAACCAUUUAAAUAAAUUGUUAAUUCUAACUCGUUUUACUGGACUAUUAGGUCAUUCAAUUUUAAAAAGAACUGUCUGUCAGAGUAGGACACUAAACUACUGAUUCUUCAGUGUUUGAAAGAUACACCAAACUUUUAUUACACGUAUCUUCACUGUUAUCUAGAUAUUGCCAUACAACUGGUCGAAUGCAUAUGCAUUUGUUAAUUAGCUGGCUAAUUAAAAACGCAGAUCAUGAAAAAGAUCGUGAUCAAAGUACCAUUUACUCUGAAAAAGUUCAUUAAUUCAACUUCGAAUAUUCCUAACUACGUAAAAUUGGAAAUCCAUCUCUCUCUUGUAGAGUUUACCCACAAAAUUUUUAAACAUCUAAAUACAUAUGUUAAGCAAAAUAUAUGAGAAUGUGUGCACCAAGUAUUUGGUAUCCAUGAUGUUUUGCUAACAGAAACUCCACAUAUAGUAUUGUGUUUAUGUUUAUUGUUUGUUUUUUUAAAUCUACUUUGCUCAAUACAAAUACUAGCAUAUGGAACAAAUCUCUGUGAUUCUAAAAGCUUUCACGUACAAAAACGCAAGCGACAAUGUAAAGUCUUCAUUCGACUCGAAGUUAAACAAAUAGUUGACCAAAAAACCACAACAAAAAUGUCCAAGUUUUAUUUCGGUUGUGAUUGUUUUGAAACGCUAUAUAUGCGGAGCUUCCGGGGGGCUUUGCCCCCCUGGCCUCCCUACCAGGGCUUUGCCCUGGACAUACUGGGGGCCUUAGGCAGCCCCAGACCCCUCGCCCUAUAGUUUGUGAUUCCACUUCAUUAAGAAGGUAGCUACGCCCCUGUAAAUAAUCACCACACAGAAUUGUAACCACUUGAGCUUCGUUAUCCUGUAUUCAUAUUGCUCAAACAUAUACAUUUAAAAUCUCUCUUGAAUAUCCUGGCAUUAUCCUACAUGCUAGAAUGUAAUGGAAACCUAAUCUAUAACUACCUAAUAUACAAAAUAUAUAUACCAAAGUCAGCUAUUUCAAAAUUCCUGUAUUUACUAGCUGCUAUUUAAAAUGAAAGGAAUUUGUUCAUAAGGGAAGCUUAUAUCCUUGUAAACAUGAAUGAUUACCAUUUAGGAUUUCUCCCUUUAUUUUGAUUUUUUUUGUAUUUUUUCAUCCUGUAUACAGUAACUAGUACCGUGACUUAGAAUAAGAGGAAUGAAAUUGUGACAUUAGAGAUGCUUACCAGUUUAUUCUAAUUGAUAUCAAUUAUAUAGAUAUAUGGAUUGUUAUCUUUUAAGAUUUCUCUAUGUAAUUUUUUAUGUUGUUUUAAUAAUUUCUAUGCAGUUGAUAGUUAAGGAUGUACUUAGGUGAAAUAAAAAAAACUAGAAUUUGAAAUUGAUACUAUAAGUCAGACAAGCAUUAGUUGAGAAACAAAAUAAGCUAAAAAUAUUGAUAGGUUAUGGAGCUCCUUUUUGAGAUAUUCAAUUAUUAAAAAAUGGUGUGAAAAGGCUGAAUCAGACUUUUACCUUAUAUUUGCAUUGGUAUUAUUUGGGUCUCAAAUCGAAAGACAAAUAAUAUAGAAUCUGCUUAAAUUUUGGUAAAUGACCUUUUAUGAGCUAUUGAAGUCUUUAUGAAAAGAAAAAUUUGUGUUAUGGGGCAAAAUAUUUUAUCCUGUAUCGUAGGAAAAAACCAAGGAGUUUCAAGAACAUUUGACAAAAAUUCCUUACCCUCACCUAAGUACAUCCUUAAGUAACAAAAUCAAUGAUUUUAAAUAGAAUUUUCUUUUAAUUUUGUUUUCGUCUUAAAAUUGUUAAAUUUGUAUUUCAUAAUUGAAUUAUGGUGAUACAUGUUAUACAUGUAUUGAUAUUAAGUGUUGUUAGUGUCAUUAUCAGUUACCUAGAUAAAUAAUGAAUAAACAUAAAAUAUUA